AGCUCGUGCGUGGAUGGACAGAUGACAGAUAGAGACACAGAGAGUGUGUGUGUGUGCGUGUGUGUGUGAGUCUUUUACGCACAUUACGCACAGGCCACCGCGGUGCGUCCUGGCGCAUCCAGGAGUUUCCCCAGAGAACAUCAGUUGGUCUGUGAGGGUUUGUCUGAUUCGGUCCUCGGUGCCUCUGGUUCUUCUCUGACCGGUCGGAGCUGCAGCUGCUGGACUUCACCGUGGUUCUGGAGCAGGUGUUAACCGUUCAUCAGUGAUUCAUUCAGCGGGUUUCAUCGUCUUCAUGUCGGGACAGAAACCGUCCCUGAGGAGCGGCUCCCCUCAGAGCCGCUUCCAGGUGGAUGUGGUGACAGAGGCCGCAGCAUCCUCCUCCUCCUCCCCGGCUCCGGCUCCCGGCGACGGCUCCAAGCCGCCUGAGGAGUCCAAAGGUCGGUUCAGGGUGGUGGGCUUUGCGGAUCCAGGCGCACUGGGCAGCGCCAUGGACAUCGGGCUCCCGCCGGAUGUUUUCCACGAGCCGGACACGACGAAGAGCGACUCGGUCAGCCUCCACUCCACAGGCACGGGGCACACGCACAUCUCCGACUCCCACUCCAACACGUACUACAUGAGGACCUUCGGACACAACACCAUAGACGCCGUGCCCAACAUCGAGUUCUACCGACAGACCGCUGCGCCUUUCGGGGAGAAGAUGUCCAGACCGUCGCUGUCGGAGCUGCACGAUGAACUCGAUAAAGAACCUUUCCAGGACGGUCUGGCCAAUGGGGAGGAGCCAUCGGCAGCUGAGGAGGCCGCGGCGCUGGCGGCGAAGGAGGCGAAGGGAGGAAGUGUGAAGUUUGGUUGGGUGAAAGGAGUCUUGGUCCGCUGCAUGCUGAACAUCUGGGGGGUGAUGCUCUUCAUCAGAAUGUCCUGGAUUGUCGGUCAAGCUGGAAUCGGUGCGUAG